GCCCCCGAGGCCGCCCGGUCGCCCAGCUCCGCGCGGCCCUGCGCCCCGGCCCGGCCCCAGGAUGAAGAACCCCAUGCUGGAGGCGCUGUCCCUGUUGCUGGAGAAGCUGCUGCUCCUCUCCAACCUCCGGCUCUUCAGUGCGGGCACCGCGGGCGAAGACCAGGCGAGGCGCGGCUUCUACGAUACCAGCUCCUUCCUCCGCGGCGACGUGCUGGAAGUGCCCCGGACGCACCUGACCCACUACGGCAUCUACCUGGGCGACAACCGAGUGGCGCACAUGAUGCCCGACAUCCUGUUGGCCCUGACCGACGACACGGGGCUCACCCAGAAGGUGGUGUCCAACAAGCGUCUCAUCCUGGGCGUCAUUGGCAGGGUAGCGAGCAUCCGCGUGGACACCGUGGAGGACUUCGCCUACGGAGCCGACAUCCUGGUCAAUCACCUGGACCAGUCCCUCAAGAAGAAGGCGCUGCUCAACGAAGAGGUGGCGCAGAGGGCCGAGAAGCUGCUGGGCAUGACCUCCUACAGCCUCCUGUGGAAUAACUGCGAGCACUUCGUGACCUACUGCAGGUUCGGCACCCCGGUCAGCCCCCAGGCCGACAAGUUCUGUGAGAAUGUGAAGAUAAUUAUUCGUGAUCAGAGAAGUGUUCUUGCUUCAGCAGUCUUGGGAUUGGCAUCUAUAGUCUGUCUGGGCUUGGCAUCAUAUACUACCCUUCCUGCAAUUUUUAUUCCAUUCUUCUUAUGGAUGGCUGGCUAACUUCAUAUCUCCGUGUCAGUGUGUGUAUUUUGUGUGUAAAUAUGUUUAUAUUUAUAGAGCACAAGUUUAAGCAUCGGUCGAGAAAGAUGUGACCUGUAACACUGUGUCCUGGAUAAAAGUGUGAUUAAGAAUCACUCAAAGUGCUUACUGUGUAAGCCCAAGAACAAAGGCUUUCUGAAUCUUCUCAGGCAGUUCCAUUUUAAAGCACUGUGCAAAUCUUGGAAACAUGACAACUUCUGAUAGCAUUCAUCAUUACAGGAGAACCAGCCCCUAAGAUGAUGGCCACAGGAGAUUAUUUGUUUGUUUUUUUCUCCUGUAAUCAUUGUUCUUCUCAGGCCUGAAUUUGAAGAUUAGAAGACUUACUGAAUGAGACCACUAACUUCAUUGUAAAUUUAUUCUGUUUCAUUGGAAAACUUACAUUAAACUAAACUAAAUGAUUUUCCCCUCGUUCAGAUGAAAACAUGUUUCAUGAUUGGCAAAAAAAGAUUCAAAAUCUUUUUUUUUCAUGUAUUAUACAUAAUUCCCAAUGAAUCAAAAAUAUUUUCAUUACUUGAAAUCCUGUUGGCAAAGUUAGAGUUUAGUGAUAAAGAAACUGACUAGAAGAACUAUAGAAAUCUGCAUUUUCUUGCAGGAAUACCUAUUAUAGCAUCAGCUGAACAAUUCCAUUUGGCUUUACUUACUCAGAAGCCUGGCAUUUGUUAAUUUUUUUUUCUUUUAUGUGUCACUCUGGUGCCGUUCGAGCACUCUGAGAGGCAAAUGGAUAUAGGAUUGAAGUAAUUUGGAUACUUGGAGUGUGUAUGGGCCAAUUAAAUAUGCAAGUGUCCACCUAUACACAGACUGAUGAGAGACAAAUUAAGUUUGUACUUGAUUGCUAUGUUAUAGUUACCAGAGAGCAUUUGUAGAAGUGAAUAUAAAAAUAAGCUUAGUCCGUUUUCUUAUGACCUUUGCAUCCAUGGUAUAACUUGCAUAUAUAUCAUUGGAUGGUUUACCUUUUAAAGCACUUACUAAUGUAUAAUUUUUUAAAGUCCUCAGAUUUGUCUUCUAAUGGACUUCUUCAUUUCAUUGCAUAGUUUCCAUUCUUAAAAGAAGGAUGCCACAAGGAAAUAACUGUCAGAAGUAGGUUUUGAGUGUCUCCGUACCACCAGGCAUGAAAAUUGAUUACACUGAGCCUGUCAAGAGUUGAGAUGUUGCACUGUUAGAGCGAGCGUUCAUGUACUUUUGCAGAAUUACCAAACUUAUAAAAACUAGGCCACAAGCUAGACUUGCAUUUCCAGUAUUAAAAUUGCUUUAUGAACUAUCAGGAAUCACAAAAUAAUGAGUCACCUAAUGAGCGAUACAGGGAGAGUGGAGUCAUUUACCCAGUGAUGCAAUCAGAAGAAAUUUAAGAGCAGAUUUUAGCAUAACUGAUGUUUUGCUACCACUAAUUUACAACAAAUUCAGUUGGAGCUUAAUAGUAAUUGAACUUUGUGUUUAAUCAUUUAAAUGUUUUAAGUUGUUAAAACAUGAAAUGGCAACACCAAAACAUGAAAUGGCAUAAAGGUUCUUUGGGCCUAUUCCAACCACUUAAAAUUAUCUUAAGUAUGUGUACGUGAAAGCAAGCACUAUGUGAACUGCAUUGUAUUAGAGGUUUUUCACUUACUAUAUAUUACCUUUGUAGCACCUGUUUAAAUAAAUUGAUUUUUUAAACAUAUGGUGUCCUCCUAAAAUAACUACCUUUUUUGCAGGUUUUCAGUAUUUCAGGUAGCAAAAAACACUGCCUGUUGUUAAAUAUGUGUUCAAAGGUACGAUCUCUUAUUAAAUGCUAAGGGAAGUACUAAGGUUAGAAUUAACAUAAUUAGUCCUACUUCAUAUCCUUAAAGUAAGAUCCAAUUCCUAGUUCAUUUGAGUGCUCAUUAUAUGCUAGACACUGACCUGUUGUGAUUUCACGAUCUCUAAUUAAUACUGUAUACAUUGAUGUGUUCUACUAUUUACAGGAAGAGGAAACUGGAAGGAAGGUUUUAUUUAUUCAGUAUUCCACAACACUAGAAUCUGUUGAACUUAGGACAAAGGAAAGUUUUGUUUUAUUGUGCUCAGUUAGCAAGUUAGAAGCAGCAUAGAUCCCUGAUUGUGGUCGUGGAAGAAACAGGUAUUUCUGUGUCUCUAAUGAAGGUCUCUGGGCUUCAUUAACUAAGGUUCAUCCUUAGGAUUCUGCAAAUCCCUUACAGUUCUAAAUUUCCCUUCUAACUUGUGAAAUGAUAAGCAGUGUCUAACACAGCUUUUUGUUGCUUAUGUUGUUGCCAUAUGUAGAUGAAGGCCAAAGAACUAGCUGGGGCUGAGGUGAAAUAAUGUGUCAAGUACUGUGCAGGUACUAGGAAUGAAAAGAAGAAUGAGACCUGGGCCUCCGAGUUUGUGGCCUCAUUGACAUCGAAGCAUUAAGACUACAUAGCAGAGCGGAUUUAAAGCACAGAAAAUGACCUGGCUAGUUUUAACCGAGAAGGCCAAAAUUAUAGGGACUGUGUACUGAGACUUGGAAAAAACGGGAUGUCUUCCAGGGGGACAGAUUUAGGCAGGACAUUCUACACAUUGGGAACAGGAUGAGCGAAUGCAGGACAACUGUCUACAACAUGCCUAGCACACAAGUUCGUUGACUAUAGCAUGAAACUGCAUGGGGUAGUUAGGCAGAGGAAAGUGGUUCAGAGGUUAGUGUGGAGCAAGGGUGAUGAGAGGUGUUGGAAAAGGAGAGCAAUGAUCAAGUGAUGCAAGUUUUGUGUAGAUCAAGAAGUUUGGACUUUAUGAACUGGCAGUGGACGUUUGAGUUCAGAAAGGUAACUCCCCAAAGUACAGAGGAAGGAUGGGGCAUGGGGCAAGACAGGACAAGGGACUCUCCUAGAAGACUAGUUAUGGCCCUUAAUCUCUCAAAAUAAGGGCCUAUAAUUGUGAGGGUGGAGAGCAAACAUGUCAAGGAAGUGUCAGCAGACUAGCCAAAUCCUAUUUGACUCAUGAGUAACUGUUGGUAGGGUGUCAGGGAGGCGUCGUGUAUCCUUUCCUGCCAGAAAAUUGGUUCCUGAAAUAUAACUUAAUAUGGUGAUGUAUGUAUAUUGGAUAGUCCAGAUCUUUGUUCUGCUGGUUAUGCUUCUUCAUAAGGACAAGCAAAUAAGUACAGAUUUGUUGUUUAAAUUUUGUUUUUCAGAGAGAUAUUUCUACUUUUUCAUUCUCUAUUUCUACUAUUACUGUCAAAUAUUUAUAAAGAUGUUUUUUAGUAAUAUCACAGUUAUGUCAAUGGCAAAGUCUUGUUAUAGAUGAAAAGCGUAUAGGAAAUGAUGACUGCCAAUAUUGUGUUUUAUAUGAUCUGUUUAGAGAAUUUUACCUAACCUAGAUCUGAUACCCCAGCUAGUUUAAACUUGGUAUAUAUGUGUAUGAAAUAAAAUCAAUUUUAUAUACUGUC